AUGGCGGAAAUUUUCCCUCCCGUCACAGCCCAAAUCCUCGAUGCAGGAGCCCAAGACGAGGGGCUGAUCGCCCUCGAGCUCCAAGAUGGCGCUGUCUACCAGGGCUAUAGCUUCGGUGCGAAGAAGAGCGUGGCAGGAGAAUUGGUCUUCCAGACUGGCAUGGUCGGAUACCCCGAGUCCAUUACCGACCCCUCAUACCGGGGACAAAUUCUGGUCAUCACCUUUCCCCUCGUGGGGAACUAUGGCGUGCCCUCCCGAGAGACAAUGGACGACCUCCUCAAGGAUCUGCCUGCACAUUUCGAAGCCUCCCAAAUACACAUUGCCGGUCUCAUUACCGCAUCCUACUCCGGCGAAGACUACUCUCACUUUCUCGCUACAUCAUCACUGGGCACAUGGCUGAAGGAACAAGGAGUUCCAGCAAUAUAUGGAGUAGACACUCGAGCCCUGACAAAGAGGAUCAGACAGGAAGGAAGCAUGCUGGGACGAAUGCUGGUGCAAAAUUUAAGUCUCUCGAAUGGAUACACAAACGGUCUUCCCAACGGUACCUCGGCAGUAGCGUCCUCGGAAAACUGGAGAUCUGCUUUUGAGACGAUCGGUUGGGUCAAUCCAAAUACACAAAACCUCGUGGCAGAUGUUUCGAUACGAAAACCGAAGUUGUAUUCCCCAAGUCCUUCAAACACCCUGAAACACCCCUCUGGAAGACCCUUACGUGUGUUGUGCUUGGAUGUUGGUUUGAAGUACAAUCAAUUACGGUGUCUACUCAGAAGAGGCGUGGAGGUCAUGGUCUGUCCGUGGGACUACGAUUUCCCAGCCCUUGCUGGUAAGGACUACGAUGGCCUCUUCAUCUCCAAUGGCCCUGGUGAUCCUGCCAUGAUGGAGAAGACCGUGAAGCAUAUUUCAUCCGCCAUGGCAGAGAACAGAACACCGAUUUUUGGCAUUUGUUUGGGACAUCAAUUGCUGGCUCGAGCUGCUGGUGCAAGCACUCUUAAGAUGAAGUUCGGUAACCGUGGACACAACAUUCCUUGCACGAAUAUGCUGACUGGAAAAUGUCACAUUACAUCCCAAAAUCACGGUUUCGCUGUGGAUGCAGCUACUCUACCCGCCGAGUGGACGGAACUAUUUGUCAAUGCCAACGACGGCAGUAACGAAGGUAUUCGACACUUGAGCAAACCAUACUUUAGUGUUCAAUUCCACCCAGAGAGCACCCCAGGACCCCGAGACACAGAAUUCUUAUUUGACAUAUUCAUCCAAACAAUUGUUGGUGCCAUCAAGGAUCGGCAGCUUCUUUCGGCACCUGUUCAUUUCCCUGGAGGAGAUGCUGAGGAGAACGACAGACUACAUCCAAAGGUUGAUGUCAAGAAAGUUCUCGUCUUGGGGAGUGGGGGUUUGAGUAUUGGUCAAGCAGGAGAAUUUGAUUACUCUGGAAGUCAAGCGAUAAAAGCACUGAAAGAGGAAGGAAUUUACACCGUCUUGAUCAAUCCCAACAUUGCAACUAUUCAGACUUCGAAGGGAUUGGCUGAUAAGGUUUAUUUCCUGCCCGUUACUUCGGACUUUGUGCGAAAGGUCAUUGUCCAUGAGCGACCUGAUGCGAUAUACGUUACGUUUGGAGGUCAGACCGCUUUACAGGUUGGCAUCCAGUUGAAGGAUGAAUUUGAAGAGCUUGGAGUGAAAGUUCUGGGAACUCCAAUUGACACAAUCAUCACGACCGAAGACCGAGAACUGUUUGCACGAAGCAUGGAAUCGAUCGGUGAGAAAUGUGCGAAGUCUGCGUCAGCAAGCACCGUGGAGGAGGCGAUGCGAGUCGUGAAAGGAAUUGGAUUCCCAGUCAUUGUUCGAGCUGCAUACGCCUUGGGUGGGCUUGGCAGCGGGUUUGCAGAUAACGAGCGGGAAUUGCUCGCCCUUUGCAACAAGGCAUUUGCUGCAAGCCCGCAAGUUCUGAUUGAACGAAGUAUGAAAGGCUGGAAAGAAAUUGAGUACGAGGUUGUUCGAGAUGCUCGAGACAAUUGCAUCACUGUUUGCAACAUGGAGAACUUCGAUCCCCUGGGAAUCCACACUGGAGACUCGAUCGUUGUUGCGCCAUCACAGACCCUGUCAGACGAAGAUUACAAUAUGCUUCGAACGACUGCAGUCAACGUGAUCCGGCAUCUGGGAGUCGUCGGAGAAUGCAAUAUUCAGUAUGCACUGAAUCCGUUCUCCAGAGAGUACUGCAUUAUCGAAGUCAAUGCUCGAUUAUCCAGAUCUUCAGCACUGGCUUCGAAAGCGACCGGCUACCCGUUAGCUUUCAUCGCUGCUAAGCUUGGUCUGGGCAUUCCUCUGAACAAGAUUUCCAACUCCGUCACCAAGGUCACUUGCGCCUGCUUCGAGCCCUCACUUGAUUACGUUGUUGUGAAGAUGCCCAGAUGGGACUUGAAAAAGUUCACCCGUGUCUCUACCCAGCUCGGAUCAUCAAUGAAGAGUGUUGGUGAAGUCAUGAGCAUUGGAAGAACGUUUGAAGAAGCCAUCCAGAAAGCGAUUCGAGCAAUUGACUUCCAUAAUCUUGGCUUCAACGAUACAAAAGCGCUCAUGUCUAUUGACGACGAGUUACAGACUCCUUCUGAUCAACGUCUCUUCGCCAUUGCAAACGCCAUGCACUCUGGUUACUCCGUCGAUAAGAUUUGGGAGAUGACCAAGAUUGACAAAUGGUUCCUGAGCAAGCUCAAGGGGCUCAGCGACUUUGGCAAGUUGAUGACCACAUUCAAUGCAGGCACCAUCACCACAAGUAUGCUCCGCCAAGCCAAGCAGCUUGGCUUCUGCGAUCGCCAGCUUGCCAAAUUCUGGAGCUCGAACGAGCUGGCAGUCAGGAGAAUGAGAGUCGAAGCUGGGAUUGUACCGGUUGUGAAGCAGAUUGAUACUGUCGCUGCUGAGUUUCCAGCCUUUACGAACUAUCUUUACCUGACAUACAAUGGCUCAGAGAAUGAUGUUUCUUUUAAUGAUCACGGCAUUAUGGUCUUGGGAUCGGGCGUCUACAGAAUCGGGAGUUCCGUCGAGUUCGACUGGUGCUCCGUUCGAGCAAUCCGAACUCUUCGCGAAUCUGGCUUCAAGACGGUUAUGGUCAACUACAACCCGGAGACUGUCAGCACCGAUUACGACGAAGCCGAUCGUCUUUACUUUGAGAAUAUCAACUUGGAAACUGUCCUUGAUAUCUACCAGAUGGAAAACUCGAGUGGUGUGCUCAUCGCCAUGGGUGGUCAAACUCCGAACAACAUUGCUCUUCCUCUGCAUCGUCUCAACGUCAAGGUCUUGGGAACAUCUCCUGAAAUGAUUGAUACAGCCGAGAAUCGUUACAAAUUCUCACGUAUGCUGGAUAGAAUCGGGGUUGAUCAGCCCACAUGGAAGGAAUUGACCAGCUUUGAUGAAGCAAAGGUCUUCUGCAAGAAAGUGUCAUACCCCGUCUUGGUGCGGCCGUCGUAUGUUCUCUCGGGAGCAGCGAUGAACACAGUUUACUCCGAAGCCGAUCUUGAGGCGUAUCUUGCACAGGCAGCCGAGGUUUCUCGCGAGCACCCAGUCGUCAUUACAAAAUACAUUGAGAACGCCAAGGAAAUUGAGAUGGACGCUGUCGCAAAAGAUGGGAAGAUGGUUGGGCACUUCAUCUCCGAACAUGUUGAGAAUGCUGGUGUUCAUUCUGGAGAUGCUACGUUAAUCCUGCCACCUCAAGAUCUCGAACCCACUACAAUUCAGCGGAUUGAGGAGGCUACUCGGAAGAUCGGUGAUGCAUUGAAUGUGACGGGCCCUUUCAACAUUCAAUUCAUCGCCAAAGACAAUGAUAUCAAGGUCAUUGAAUGCAACGUCCGCGCUUCGAGAUCUUUCCCUUUUGUCUCGAAGGUGAUGGGUAUUGAUCUCAUCGAAAUGGCUACCAAGGCGAUCAUGGGGAUUCCGUUCACCGAGUAUCCUCCCACCGAGCUUCCGCCGAACUGUGUCGGUGUGAAAGUGCCGCAGUUCAGUUUCUCCCGACUAUCUGGAGCCGACCCCGUUCUUGGUGUUGAGAUGGCUUCAACCGGUGAAGUUGCUUGCUUCGGCGUCGAUAAGUACGAGGCUUACAUCAAAGCCUUGAUUUCGACCGGCUUCAAGUUGCCUAAUCGGAACAUUUUGUUGUCGAUUGGUUCGUACAAGGAUAAGAAAGAAAUGUUGCCCUCAGUCCUUAAGCUGCAACGCAUGGGCUACAAGCUCUUUGCCACUGCUGGUACUGCGGAUUUCUUGCAGGAGCACGAUGUCCCCGUCCAGUACCUAGAGAUUCUUGGGGAGGGUGACGACGACCAGAAAUCGGAGUUCUCUUUGACUCAGCAUUUGGCUAACAACAUGAUUGAUCUCUACAUCAAUCUUCCUUCCAGCAAUCGUUACAGACGUCCAGCCAACUAUAUGAGCAAGGGUUAUCAGACCAGAAGAAUGGCUGUCGACUACCAAACUCCCUUGGUGACUAACGUCAAGAAUGCCAAGAUCCUGAUCGAGGCAAUUGCUAGACAUUUUGAUUUGGAGAUCAGCAACAUUGAUGCCCAGACGAGCCACCGGACUGUGGUGCUCCCUGGCCUCGUCAACAUUGCAGCCUUUGUGCCAGGUAUUGCCACACGUGGCAGUCAUGAUUUCCAGACUGUUACAAGAGCAUCGAUAUCUGCUGGCUUCAGCAUGAUCCGCAUCAUGCCACUUGGUCUUGAAGGCUCCGUGACAGAUGCCCGGGCUCUGAAGGCUGCCCAAUUAAACAGCAAGCGUGGAGCAAGCUGUGACUACAACUUCUCCGUUGCAGCGACUUCGUCCAAUGCUGACCAAAUCAGCCAAGUCACGGGAGAAGUCGGAUCGCUUUUUAUCCCAUUCAAUCACCUGUCAGACAAUAUUAGCAAAGUCGCUGCUGUGACUGCACAUUUUGAGGCAUGGCCAGACUUCAAGCCAAUUGUCACCGACGCCAAGAUGACGGAUCUUGCUUCAAUUUUGCUCCUGGCCAGCCUCCACAGCAGGAAGAUUCAUGUUACCAGUGUCACAACUAAGGACGACAUCAAGUUGAUUGCCCUCUCAAAACAGAAGGGGCUUAGGGUCACUUGUGAUGUUGCAGUCUAUGCAUUGUUCUUGAGCCAAGAUGAUUACCCUCAAGCCAAGGUCCUGCCCACCGCCGAAGAUCAGAAAGCCCUUUGGGAGCAUAUGAGCAUUAUCGACGUCUUCUCUGUGGGUAGCUUGCCAUACCAGUUGGCACACGCCGCGAAGCAAGCUCCAAAUGCGGCUAUUGGCAUUGCCGACACACUCCCACUGCUGUUCACUGCAGUGGCUGAUGGCAAGCUCACUAUUGACGAUAUCAAAGCACGCCUUCACGACAAUCCCAAGGAGAUCUUUGAGCUUCACGAUCAAAUGGGUGCCUCUGCUGAGGUAGAGAUCGAUCGCCCAUACACAAUUGCGGCAACGCCUGUCUGGUCUCCCUUUGCAGGAAAGAUUAUGCGUGGAGCUGUUCAGCGCGUGGUCUUCCAGGAGAAGACUGCUUGCUUGGAUGGCGAGCCAUGCUAUGACGGUGUUGAUGGGAAGGACAUGUCCUCUCAUUUGAUUGAUUCGCAUACCGUCUCGCCUAUGUCUCCGGUUGUCAAAGCCAUGCCUAGCUCUCCGGCCUUGAUUCCAAGACCAGAGAGCGCUCAUGGGCGAAGAUAUUCCAUGCUAGCCGCUCCGGCAAUGCGUCCUGCAAACCGAUCAAGGUUCCUCGAUGGCACCUCUGGACAAGCUCAAUCCCCGCAACGAACAUCUGCCCUCUCCGAGGAGUUUGGACCACCUUUGUAUCCUCAGCCAACAAUCUCUCCAUCACUGCAAUCCCUCCUCGGUCAAUCCCCUUUCAAGAACCAACAUGUCCUCUCCGUUAACCAAUUCACCCGCCAGGACCUGCAUCUCCUCUUCACAGUCGCGCAAGAGAUGCGUCUUGGUGUACAACGCGAAGGCGUCCUCUCAAUCCUCAAAGGCCGCCUCCUCUGCACCAUGUUCUACGAGCCCUCAACUCGAACAUCUGCCUCGUUCGACGCCGCCAUGCAACGUCUCGGUGGUCGAACAGUCGCCAUCACUACUUCCCACUCGAGCACAGUGAAAGGCGAGUCCCUCGCCGACUCGAUCCGCACUCUCGGCUGCUACGGCGACGCUAUCGUGCUCCGCCACCCAGACGAAAGCUCUGCUGAGACCGCGGCCAAGUUCUCUCCUGUGCCGAUUAUAAACGGCGGAAACGGCAGCAAGGAACAUCCUACUCAAGCAUUCCUUGAUCUCUUCACCAUCCGUGAGGAACUCGGCACCGUUACGGGAUUAACGAUCACUUUUACCGGUGACCUUCGAUAUGGAAGAACAGUCCAUUCACUAGUCAAACUGCUCCAGCACUACGACGUCCAAAUACAGCUCGUGUCUCCUCGGGCUCUCUCCCUUCCCCGCGAGAUCCUGGAGCUCAUCAAAGCCAAGCCGGGCCAACUGCUCAUCGAGACCACGGAACUGACCCCUGAAGUGAUCGCACACUCCGAUGUCCUGUAUUGCACGCGCGUGCAGAAGGAAAGAUUCGAUGAUCUGGAGGAGUAUGAGAGGUUGAAGGAUAGCUUUGUGGUGGAUAAUAGGACGUUGAGGAGCGCGAAGGCGAGCAUGAUUGUUAUGCAUCCUUUGCCGAGAAAUAGAGAGAUUGGCGAGGAGGUGGAUUUCGAUCAGAGGGCGGCGUAUUUUAGACAGAUGAGAUAUGGGCUUUACUGCCGAAUGGCUUUGCUGGCUUUGGUUAUGGCGUCAUAAAUGUGUCGGGUCUUGCGAAAAAAAAGAUAAGCGGUGGAGGAGCGGAGGAGGAGCGGAGGAGGAGCGGUUGGGGGGGGCGUAGAUUUCAUGUCACUCCUCCACGGGACUUUUCAAUUGGAUUGUUCAAAGGAGAGAAAAGAGAUCGGGGUUAGGAGUAUAAAAGAAAAGUCUGAUAUCCGUGUUUAUGAGUUAUUGAUAGACAAAUUUGAGCUGUUUAUACCGAGAGGGCAAGAUCACCUGCAGGAAUAUAGACAGUUAUUUAAGCUUUGCUCGCUGAGAAGGCACUGGCUGGAUGUGCAUUCGGUGGAAAGUCUUGAAUUUUAAUAUUCUUAAUGGACGUGCGGUUUGCUUCGCGAUGCAUAUGAGUGAGCGGAGAGUAGUAAUUACCCACCGCCAACAAGAAGUAAAGCUCGCAAUCGUCUCAAUGCUAUGCAAUUCUCUUCUCCGCG